GGGUGGGCAAUCCGGAGCGUAGAGCCGGAGGAGAGACCCCCUUGAUGCCUUAGGGAGAGGCGCUGCAUCAGGGAAGCUGGAGGGAGGCAGAGGGUGGCAUUGCCAGGGGGCGCGCGGAGAGGCACCCAGUUGGUCCUGGUUAUCCAGUGACCUGCAGGCAGUUAAGGCAGCCGGGGCUAGGAAAACAGGGGCACUCAAGGAACAGGGUGGGGGGCACGGCGUGCCGUGGUGGUGGCCUGGACUUCUCACCCUUUCACUGCCCACAUUCCUUCGUUUGCACGGUCUCGGUGCCCGGACCUCUCCUGGCCCAAGCAGGAAGGCUGUGUCUCCCCAACCCCCAAAUCCAUUUUGUCUGGCUGCAUAUCCAGCGAGGCAUCCUUCUCUGCCCUCCGUGUCUCUGGAGGCAGAAUAAAGGGCAGAGCUUGGUGGGCACUAAGAAUGCACUGAGAACGACCCCUGCCCCCCCAAACCCACAUCACAUGCCCUCCGGUCGUGUCUUCCCUCUCCCCACCCUGUUGUUCCCCUUCUGCUCUCUGCACCGCGCCCCUUGGCACCCCGCUUUGGUCUUGCCCCAGGUGGGUGCAGACGCAUCCGGACAGUUCAGGAGCUGCUGCCUGCCCCACUUCUCUCUUCUCUCUUCUUUCUCUCUGCCCGCCCCCCACCUCCCCGCUUCCUUCCGUGCUUGCCUGUCUCAACGCCUGCCCCCAGGGGAGGGCUGGUGGGUGGGCGCUAUUGUUUUUGCCGUCGUUGCUGAGCGGAGAGAGCGAGCGAGCGAGCGAGCACAUCCAGGGUGGGGAAUCUUUCUCGGGGAGCAGACAGCAGCUCUGCCAUUGCGUGCCAUCCGCUGCCCCCAACCCAGCUUGGGGCAGGGGGCACAGCGCUGGGCAUCCGUCCGAUUGGAAGAGCUGCCCCCUUUUACACCCCCCCCUUCACCCUGCUGCUGCCACCACCACCACCUCUGUCUUGGUUCCUGAACGCUUCUUUCAUCCCCCAUGUAUGACGACUCCUGUCUCCAUGGAUUCGAAGACUCCGAGGUGGGCUCCGCUGAUUCGUACACCAGCCGCCCAUCGCUGGACUCCGACGUGUCGCUCGAGGAGGAGCGCGAGGGGGUGAAGCGCGAAGUGGAGAACCAGGCUCAGCAGCAACUCGAGAAAGCCAAGAACAAGCCAGUCGCAUUUGCUGUUCGUACCAAUGUCAGCUACUGUGGGACGCUGGAUGAGGAAUGUCCUGUGCGUGACUCUGCCAUCAACUUUGAAGCCAAAGACUUCUUGCACAUCAAAGAGAAGUACAGCAAUGACUGGUGGAUCGGGCGGCUAGUGAAGGAGGGGGGAGACAUCGCUUUCAUCCCCAGCCCACAGCGGCUGGAGGCCAUUCGGCUGAAGCAGGAGCAGAAAGCCAGGCAAUCUGGUAAUCCCGCCAUCAGCAACAGGCGAUCGCCUCCCCCAUCACUAGCCAAACAGAAGCAAAAGCAGACAGAGCACAUCCCACCUUACGAUGUCGUGCCCUCCAUGAGGCCGGUGGUGCUGGUGGGGCCAUCCCUGAAAGGAUAUGAGGUGACAGACAUGAUGCAGAAAGCUCUCUUUGACUUUCUCAAGCACAGAUUCGAUGGCAGAAUCUCCAUCACACGGGUCACAGCUGACUUGUCACUGGCCAAGCGCUCAGUGCUGAACAACCCAGGCAAGCGGGCCAUCAUUGAGCGAUCCACAACCCGGUCCAGUAUCGCUGAAGUCCAGAGCGAGAUCGAGCGAAUUUUUGAACUGGCCAAGUCGCUGCAGCUGGUUGUGUUGGAUGCGGACACCAUCAACCACCCAGCACAACUGGCCAAAACUUCGCUGGCCCCAAUCAUCGUCUACGUCAAGGUCUCUUCCCCAAAGGUGCUGCAGAGGCUUAUCAAGUCCAGGGGGAAGUCACAAGUGAAGCAUCUCAACGUGCAGAUGAUGGCAGCUGACAAGCUUGUGCAGUGUCCUCCAGAACUCUUUGAUGUGAUCCUGGACGAGAACCAGCUGGAGGAUGCUUGUGAACACCUGGCAGACUACCUGGAAGUAUACUGGCGGGCAACUCACCACCCUGCGCAUGCUGCCGGCGGCCAAAACCUCACCACACCUUCGACUGCCAUUCCAGGCCUGCAGAACCAGGCCUCGCAGGGCGAGCGCGGCAACGAACGCUCCCCGGUGGAGCACGACAGCCUGAUGCAGUCGGACGAGGCGAGCGACGCCUCCCGCAAGACUUGGACGGCGGCCUCUCAGCGCAGCUCCCGGCACCUGGAGGAAGAGUACUCGGAUGCCUACACUGACCUGUACCAGCCUCACCGCAACCACAACAGCGGCCUCCACAGCACCAACGGCCACGACUCCCAGGACCGCCUCCUGGAGCGCGAGACAGAGCACAACCACAACGAGAGGAACUGGCAGCGCAACCGGCCCUGGGCUAAGGACAGCUACUGAGGCCUCCUGGCCGGGCACCUCCCGACCCUCCCUGGGCCGGGCAGCCAGGGAAACGGGAUAGGGCCUCCUUCUCCUCCCGAGUCACGACAAUUGCCUGGUAUUAAGCCUUCCUCUCUUCCUCCCCUCCCAGCUCAGCCCCACAGUAUACAGGUCCUGCCCUGGUAUACAGGUGCUAUCCAUGGAACCCCAGACACAGCCACAGCUGCCUGAUUCCUAGACCCAGGACGGUGGAAUCUCUCGCUCACCUUUGCUUUGGGUUAAUGAGAGCCACAAUAACGUCCUUGCAGGGUAAAUUCCAUUGGUAGCUUCUCAUCCCAGGUCCAUUGUUUUUGGGGGAGGGAUUUGGGCUUCGGGCAUCUCCAGGAGAGAGGCAAUUGUGCGUGUGUGCACACAAAAGGGGGUGGAGAAAGGGCUGUGAUUCUCUUUUUCUGACUCCAGGUGAGCAGGGCUACUGUUAAGGACAAAGGAGGCUUAGCAGGGAGCAACACCAGGAUCAGUUUUCCUGCUAAGAUGGAGUAGAUGGAUUACUAGCGGAAAGACAAGAUUGUGGGCUUUUGCUGAAAGGACUUGGGCGUCGUUCUCAUGCUUUGCUGUAGGCCAGUUCAGAAGUAAUAUGAUUGGGGUUGCUGAGGAACAUGAAUGUCUGCUGUGGGAAUGGGUGUGGUCUGUGAGUAGAUUUUCAGAUUUGCAGUUGCAGUGGGUGAAGUCAUGACAUGUGAGCUUUGUGGCAUUGGCGACUGUGCAGGUGCUUUGAUGCAUCACACACAGCCAUAUGCAGCAGUUGGGGGGGGGGGUCUAACUGUCCCCUGGGCUGAACCACUUCAAGUUGCAGGGGUAGAAGAAUUGCAUAGUUAAACAUAUUGGAAAGGAAUUUCCCUCAUAUAGAAAAUUAGUGUGGAGAAGGCUAGAUUAUGAUGCUUCUUCAUGUUUUGUUUCUGUAUGCAGGGAGAUAUAUGUAUUCAACAAUGUGAUUCCCUUACCUGUAGUUUAAAGUAGCAGUCUAGAAACAGUUCUUCCAUCUUUUCCUCCCCUUCCAUUCAUGGCAGUGGGAAAAUGUGGCAUAAUCCAAGAGGUGAAUGAUGGGUUGUGAAAUGUCAGACAGCAUCCACAUGCAGUCAUAGAGGCCACCCCACAGUGGCUUUUCCACCUCAAGAUAUUCUCCUGAAAAGGGGAGAUGCUUGUUUUUUCAGCAUCAUCACUCACAGGCGUGGCUAAGGCCAAUAGGAGAGGCUUACAUGGCCUUUGCCUGACAUUGCUCCUGUGAGCACCAUGAGAUUUGAUGCCCCUAUUAGCAAAGCCGUGCUCCAAAGUAACCGUAAGAACUGCCCCAAAUUCCUUCCUCUUCUUCUCUCCCAGUUUGGCUUCUGUGAAGUGGAAGCCCUCCUAAUUCCUAGGAACCUGAGAGGUAAACUGCACAUUUUACACAAACGUGUAAUAAAGUCCUGAUAUAGUAGAA